CUCUCUACUUUCCCAACUUCGUCGCCAAACAGUUAACUUGUCGUGUAAUAGAAGAGUUAGUUGUUGUAAUCAUGAGCUGUUUCGGUUGGUGUGGGAACGAUGAUGGUUUCCGUAAUGCUGAUGAUACUAGACCAAUGCCAACCCUCAUCCCUGCAGGUGACAGUGGAAGCCACUAUCUAAGAUCUGAUCCACCCAUGAAUCAGCCUGUUCUUCAGAUGGAGCCUAUUGCUGUACCAGCCAUUCCUGCUGAUGAGCUGAGUGAUGUAACCGAUAACUAUGGUUCCAAGGCCUUGGUCGGUGAGGGUUCUUAUGGAAGGGUGUUUCACGGUGUUCUUAAAAGCGGUGUAACAUCUGCAAUUAAGAAACUUGACUCUAGUAAGCAGCCUGACCAAGAAUUUCUUUCCCAGAUAUCAAUGGUUUCGAGAUUGCGACACGAGAAUGUUAUUGCACUUGUGGGUUAUUGUGUUGAUGGCCCUCUCCGUGUUCUUGCUUAUGAGUAUGCUCCUAACGGAUCUCUUCAUGAUGUUCUUCAUGGCCGAAAAGGUGUGAAAGGAGCGCUGCGGGGUCCUGUUAUGACGUGGCAACAGAGAGUCAAAAUCGCUGUUGGUGCAGCCAGAGGACUCGAGUACUUGCACGAGAAGGUGAACCCUCAGGUUAUCCACCGAGACAUCAAAUCCAGCAACGUGCUUCUGUUUGAUGAUGAUGUUGCCAAGAUUGGUGAUUUCGAUCUCUCUAAUCAAGCGCCUGACAUGGCUGCUAGGCUUCACUCAACUCGUGUCCUAGGAACCUUUGGCUAUCACGCUCCUGAGUAUGCAAUGACUGGAACAUUGAGCACAAAGAGCGACGUGUACAGUUUUGGCGUUGUUCUGUUGGAGCUCCUUACUGGUCGUAAACCAGUCGACCAUACCUUACCUCGUGGACAACAAAGUCUAGUGACAUGGGCAACCCCUAAACUGAGCGAAGACAAGGUGAAGCUAUGUGUUGAUGCAAGACUACUUGGAGAGUACCCCUCCAAAGCUGUUGCCAAGCUAGCUGCGGUGGCUGCCCUGUGCGUGCAGUAUGAGGCAAAUUUUAGACCAAACAUGAGCAUUGUGGUGAAGGCACUUCAACCUCUUCUAAACCAUCCUCGUUCUACUCCACAUAGGAACCCUUAUUGAUCAUCAGGUCUCCAAACCACAUCUCAGCUGCUGCUUCACAAUGAUUAAUCAAAUGUGUAUUCAUUUUGGUUUUGCAUUUAGGUCCCACUUUUGAAGAGUUGUGUAUGUAUUUCUCAAAAUUAUCUGUAUUCUGUUAUGUAAUUUCGAGGUGGGAAGACAAAACCAAAUUAUACUUUGUUUAUUGUUAACUUAAUAAUGAUUUCACAAAUCUCA